GAAGAUUCCGAGGGAUUUGACAGAGGCAUCGUUAUCAGGGGCCGGGUUAUCCAUAAUAGCAGCUCUUUCCAUGGUGUUUUUAUUUGGAAUGGAACUAAAUAAUUAUUUAACUGUCAGCACAUCUACUUCUGUGGUUGUCGACCAGAGCACCGAUGGGGACUUCUUACGUAUUCAUUUUGAUUUAAGCUUUCCUGCACUCUCAUGUGAAUUUGCAUCAGUUGACGUGAGUGAUGUAUUAGGAACAAACCGGUUGAAUAUAACAAAAACAAUUAAGAAAUUCUCUAUAGAUGCCAAUUUAAAACCCACAGGUGCUGAGUUUCACUCAGGACCAGUUUCAAAUUUCAUUAAACAUGGGGAUGAAGUUGAAGAAGAAUCUGGCGAAGGUUCUGUCUCGCUAACGGCUAAUAAUUUUGACCAAUUUUCUCAUCAGUAUCCGAUAUUGGUUGUCAAUUUUUUUGCUCCUUGGUGCUAUUGGAGUAAUCGCCUGAAACCUUCUUGGGAGAACGCAGCAAAAAUAAUUCGAGAAAGAUUUGAUCCAGAAAUUGAUGGACGGAUAAUUUUGGGAAAGGUUGAUUGUACUCUAGAAGUUGACUUAUGUAGAAGGCAUCAUAUACAAGGGUAUCCAUCAAUUCGCAUUUUCCGCAAGGGAAGUGAUUUGAGGGACGACCACGGACACCAUGACCAUGAAUCUUAUUAUGGAGACCGGGACACGGAUAGCUUGGUCAAGACAAUGGAAGCUUUAGUUGCACCUAUCCAAUUGGAGUCUCAGAAGCUACCUUCGGGAAGUAGCAAUACAACUGAAAAUACAAAAAGACCAGCACCAAAGGCUCCAGGAUGUAGAAUUGAGGGGCAUGUGCGUGUGAAAAAGGUUCCUGGUAACCUUAUCAUUUCAGCUCGUUCAGGAUCUCAUUCCUUUGAUACUUCUCAAAUGAAUAUGUCGCACGUCAUAUCACGUUUUGCAUUCGGCAAGAGUAUUGCACCUAAGCUGAUGAGUGAUAUGAAGCGAUUGUCACCUUACCUUGGGAGAAGCUAUGAGAGAUUGAAUGGUCGGUCAUUCAUAAAUCACCGUGAGGUAGAUGCAAAUGUUACGAUAGAGCAUUAUCUUCAAGUGGUUAAAGCCGAGGUUAUAACAAGAGGAUAUCAUACAUUAGUUCAUGAGUACGAGUAUACCGCCCACAGCAGUGUAAUUCAGAGUCUAUACAUACCUUUGGCGAAAUUCCAUUUCGAGCUCUCUCCACUGCAGGUUCUAAUACAAGAAAAUAAGAAGUCAUUUUCACAUUUCAUCACAAACGUGUGUGCCAUUAUUGGAGGUGUUUUCACGGUAGCUGGAAUACUGGAUUCAAUUCUUCACAACAGUUUUAGGCUGAUGAAAAAGGUUGAACUAGGCAAAAAUUUUUGAUAGGUUAGUUGAACUUUCUCAAUGUAUAAUAAUAAAACCUGGUUUUCCAAUAAUACCCAGUUUAGUAAGGAUUUUUUUAAUAUUUUAUUUUUUAUUUGUCAAAAUGGUGUCAAGGAAUUCUUCAGUUUUAUAUGUGCAAUGAAGCAUGACAAGACAACAGAAUAUUAUUCUAAUGCACGAGAUUAGCUUAUAUUGGGUGUAUCUUGACCAUAAUGUAUGCAGAGAGCAUAAUAAUAGAGUAACCAAUAA